CCCUGCUUGGUAGUUGAGACUUUCUCCUUCCAAAGUCCUGGGGAAGAAGCCCCGAGUGGAACCGUUCGCUCUAAGCGAGCCUUGGAGGUUGGGGCGAUAGCAUGUGCGCAUGCGCCAGCAAGAGUCUCACUGCUCGCUCUGGGUGUGCUAGUUGAAAGUGUGUGUGUGGGGGGGGGGGGAGGGAGGUCUGAGUUGGUGUGUAUGCAAAGGAGGGAUCGUAGCGCCACCCCGUCAGGCCGUGUAGAGCUGCGCUCCGUUGAUCUAUCGGUCCCUGAAUCAAUAGACACUUAUUAGGCACCUGCCGGGUGCCGGGCUCUGGCCUGAGGCGGUUUCGAGAGUAAGAAGCCGCGAGGCAGGGCUGGGGGGGAAUUGGGGCUUGUAAAGGCAGAGAUCCGGCAGGAGGACUCCAUUUCCCAGAACGCCGAGGGUCUGACGUCACGCCAAUCGAGGCCCUCUUGGGAACCUCUUGUGGGCAGUCUCAGGACCUGGAAGGAUCACAGUUGUGCUUCUUGGGCCUUUUUUGUGGAAGCGAUGGGGAGCGAGUGUCGGGGCGCAGGCGCAGGCGCGGACGGAGCUCCCCUCCCUGUCAGCUAAGAAUUUCUGCUCUGGAACUCCUUCCAGACUCUUCAGCUUGGGCUCUAAAGAGGAAGUCUCCCAGCCUCAGGCUGCCACCCCGUAAAGGACCCCAGGGUGGCCCUGCAGAGAGCCCGCAGCCAGAGGAAUGGCCCCCCGGACCCCGAGGCCCCCCUCCCAGGGGUCAAUAACAUUCAAGGAUGUGGCUGUGGACUUCACCCAGGAGGAGUGGUGCCUAUUGGACCAUUCUCAGAAAGAGCUGUACCUGGAGGUCAUGCUGGAGAAUGUGCAGAAUCUACUCUCUGUGGGGUUACGAAUUCCUAGAGAAAAUUUUAUCUCCAGCUUUCAGCAAGGGAAAGCACAAUGGCUACUAGAGCAAGAAGACCCAAGACGCUCCUGUUCAGAGGCAGAGACUAAUUUUGAAGUGAAGGAGUUGUCCACAAGGUUGAGGCUUAUGGAUGGAUCUGGCCGUGAAGGAAAUAUGAAUGAGGCUUCCCAUGACUUCAUUUUGAGAGAUAUUUGUGACUCUACUAUCAAGGUAAAUCAAAAUGCAAUGAGUGACUAUGAAUUUGAGGAAAUUGCAGAGAAAUUCAACCAACAUUCAGCCCUAACACAAUAUAUGAAACGGAACUCAGGAAAUGACUAUUGUCAGGAUAGUGAAUAUAGGAAACACUUUCUUGAAAAAGUAGUUGUUCAGUCACCUGAGACACCUGAAAUGCCCAUAUAUCAAGGUAAUGUAGGAGGAAUGGCCUUGGGCUGUAGUUCAGUCCUCAGUAGACAUCCAAAAAGUAAACGUGUUGAGAUGGUUUGUGUGAGUGAUGAAGGUGGGAGAUCCUUCAGUGAGAAUUCUCAGCUUGCUGCACAUCUGGGAAUCCAUACUGGAGAGAAACCUUAUGAAUGUAAACAAUGUGGAAAGGUUUUUACAAACAGCAAAUAUUUUACGAAGCAUCAGAGCAUACACACAGGAGAGAAAUCUUGUGAAUGUAAACAGUGUGGAAAGGCUUUCACAAAGAUGAGCAAACUUGCUGCACAUCAGAGAAUCCACACUGGAGAGAAACCUUAUCAAUGUAAACAAUGUGGAAAGGCUUUCACAGUGAGGAAUCAUCUUACCAGACAUCAGAGAAUCCACACUGGAGAGAAACCUUAUGAAUGUAAACACUGUGGACAGGCUUUCACAUGGAGGGACUCUCUUACUGCACAUCAGAGCAUCCAUACUGGAGCAAAACCUUAUGAAUGUAAACAGUGUGGAAAGGCUUUCACACAGAGGUACAAUCUUUCUACACAUCAGAGAAUCCACACUGGAGAGAAACCUUAUGAAUGUAAACAUUGUGGAAAAGCUUUCACAUGGAGGGACUCUCUUGCUGCUCAUCAGAGCGUCCAUACUGGAGUGAAACCUUUUGUAUGUAAACAGUGUGGAAAGGCUUUCACACAGAGGUGCAAUCUUUCUACACAUCAGAGAAUCCACACUGGAGAGAAACCUUAUGAAUGUAAACACUGUGGAAAGACUUUUACAUGGAGUGCUUCUCUUGCUAAGCAUCAGAGCAUCCACACUGGAGAGAAACCUUUUGAAUGUAAACAAUGUGGAAAGGCAUUCACACAGAGGGACCAUUUAACCCGACAUCAGAGAAUCCAUACUGAAGAGAAACCUUAUGAAUGUAAACAGUUUGGAAAUGCUUUCACACAGAAGGACACUCUUGCUGCACAUCAGUGGAUCCACACUGGAGAGAAACUUUAUUUUAUUGGAUAUGUAGUAGAUUCUUUGCUAAUUGGGUAAGCAAUGAUGAAAUUUUUUGAUUGGGAAUAAGUGGAUAAGAGAGAGGAGUUGAGUGAAAGGUAUUUCUUUAACUCAGAGUAGAAUCUGUCCUGAUCUAGGAAGUUUUUCCAAGGAGCUUGUUCUAAGAGUUGGAGAAGAUCUGGUGAAAACUCUUGAAAAAUAUACUAGCAGACAAGAGAAUAGUGAUACUCCAGUACCUCUAUUUCACCAGUGGUGGCAGGAGAGAGCAAAGGAUGAAUUUCAUCUGAGCAGCAGGAAAGAAAUCUGUCUUAUUCCUUUCUGUUUGUUUAAUUAAUAUUUCAGUUUAAGAUAUAGUCAAUUAGUUUUGGGGAAUAGAUUAGUAAGAGUAGUUUUAAGUUAGGCUUGUGAAUUCAAGCAAGAAGAAAGUCUCAUGAGAGACAUUUGUGGGUUGUUAGCUAGUAUUGAUUAGAUUUAGGGAAAUAUAUUUCCUCAACUUUCCAGUUACAGUAUCUCCAAUUUCCUUUUCCUACCACUGUUUCUAUAUAAGUAAAUACAAAUAAAUAAUUUUUUUAUGCAA